UCCAACACUUCAUGGGCUGGAUGCUUCUUCUACACACAUCAUUCAAAGCGACACCUGUGCGUGCAUGUGCAGCGAGUGGCUGUGAUCUUGGAGUACCUGAGGCAGGUGUGGAAAGUUACUGUGACGGCAGACCAGAUGGAGCUCAUUGUUAUGGAACUUUGGGAGGAACUUUGGACAUCAAACUGACGGACAACACCUCAGAAAUAUUCAGAUUCCUACUGUCCAAGAAUACAUCAGUAAUAAAAUUCAGGAGAAGCAACAGUCUUAAAUAUAAUACGACAGAUGAAAGAUUUCUGUUUUAUCCCAGUAAUGGAACACUUAGGAUACAUAACCUGAGCAGUACAGACAGCGGUAAAUAUAACUUUUUGACCUUUAAUUCAGAUGGAAAAAUAUCAGCUGAGCGGACUUUACAGAUUUUUAUUCAAGGUACUUCCUGGUUCAUACAUGGUUUGAAAGCAGUGGUAAUUGCGGUGGUAAUUAUAUCAUUAAGUGGGAUUUGGAUCUACUUCACUUGGAAGAAAAAAACAAUAUUGGAAGGCUCUGCUGUUCCACAAAGGAUGGAAUCUCCAGACAACUCUGUUUUAAUGACUGAAAUGAGUCCUUACUCCAACACCUAGUGUCACCUUUCACCUGCUGUAAAUUCGCUGUGUGUCCUUAUAGGUGUGCAAAUGAGGACUAGGUUCUUCUUCUUCUUGUUCUUUUUUCUUUUGUCAUAUGUAGUGCACAAGGACACAUUUGUUUACACCCUUUGGUGUGUUUGUGUUGCAUUUUAUAAUAAACCAUAUAGUUUACAAUGUGAUUUCAGUGUGUGAAUA